AUCUAAAGGAAGUGCCAAAAUAAGCAUCAGCACCGCAGCAGCCGAGUCCCGGACACCUUCGUCACUUGCUGUCCAGUUGGACUCUGAUUGAGACCGAGGAGUUCACUGCCACAGAGGUACCAUGAAUUCCAUCAGGGUUUUUGUGCUUCUUCUGGUGGCAUCUUCCCACCUCUUCAUACCAGCUGUCUCAAGCCAAGAUCCACCAACACCCUCGACAAAACCAAUACUAACAGCCACCACAUCAACCGUACCCAAUGCUGCGGCAGCAACAAGCAAAACAGCAGCAGCAACAGAUGCUGCAAAAGCAGCAGGAACAGACGCAGCAGCAAUAACAACUGCAACAACAAAAUUGCCAAAAAUUCUGCCAGCAACCCAAACAGCUCCAGCCACUACGGUUGCUGCUCCGAUUGAACCCACUACGCCUGCUACAUCGGCCAGCAAAACUGAGGCGCCAGCUCCGAUGCCUGCAAAGACGACUCUUCCACCGCCUGCUCCACCAACUCCUCUACCAACUGCUCUACCAACUACUCCAAAAGUGAAAGUGAAAGCCAAUGAAACUGCUUCAGAAAUGGGCCGAAACAACACCUUGGAGCCAAGAUCUUCAAAACCUGCAAAGAAUGCCUCUGGAACUCUGAACACCUCGAAAGACACACAAAGACCAGAUGAAAGCUUUGAAAUACCAACAAUCAAAGGACCAGGUGCACCCACUCGUGUUCCAGAUCGGCAAGGAAAUGAAAAUAAAACAUCUCAAGAGAAAGGUGCUGGUUCUCAGACUGGCGGUGAAAAGAAAGAAUCCCCUAAAUCAGACAAACGGCUGUGGUGGAUUUUGCUGCCUGUCCUCCUGGUUGGCGCUGCAGCUUCCAUCUUCAUCCUCAGGUUCAAAUUCAAGAAGGUCCACGAUCACACAGACACUUUCGACACCGGCACUGAAAAUGCUUCAUUCCAGAGCAGGCCAGAAAGCACCAAGGACGGCGUCAUGCUCCUCGGCGUGAAAUCAUCAAGUGGAGAGGAAAACUCUGCAGCGCGAUAAAAAAAGGCGUGACCAGACAUCAUGAUGACCAUCUGGAGGAUGUUUAGACAUUUUGAUUUUAUUAGUCUUGUGAAACACUUUGAAAAACAUUCCGAAUUGGUUUGUACAUGAUUCUGUGUGAUUACAGGAGUCCUCUUUGUUGUUUUUUUUAUCUUAUUUGUUUGACCAGAAUCCUUAUAUUUGUUAAGUUUCUGAAGACUUUAGACUGCACAUCAUGUUGAAAUGAUUGUCUGCUUUUCAAAACACUGUUGUUUCUUUAUAAUGUUGAUUGCAAAUUGAGAUAUUAGAGCUUACGUACUUCGUACCUACAUGUAUGUACAGAACAUGCUUUUCGUAAAGUGCUCUGAACUCAGCUCCAGUGCAUAUUUGAUGUAAUAAGUCUUUUCACAGUUUUUGAAAAAGCCAGAUGUGUUUUUGUCUGUGGCACCAAUUUCUCCUGUGCGAAUGUCAUUUUGCCUUU